AUGGCUGAAGAGCAACGAAAGCAAAACAACCCGUUGUGGGGUGCCGAGUCGAUUCCAGAGAAAGCCGAUGUUACCGACUCCGAUGCUAAAUCGAGCGGCUGCUCUACUACCUCAAUGUCGAACACGCGGCUCACCGAAGAGAUCAGCAUCGACAUGCAUAAGAUAGAGUGGGUGGAGGUAGUGCCACCCGGCUGGGAAGAUCUCGUCAACGAUGUUCCGUCACUGUAG